AUGUUGGAGUCGAUAGUGACACCAUAUAAUUCAGGCAUCAACAAGCCGCCUCAAUGGGUGUAUCAUGGUCGCAGCACUAUCGUCAUCUUCCGCAACGCAUUUCUAAAUUCUUAUCAAGACAACGCCCAGCCAGUCCAACCAAAAAUGGCUCUCGUAUCGUAUUCAGACUCUGAAGCUUCAGACCCAGAGCAAGAAACCAAGGUCACUCAACCAUCAAACAAAAGUCAAGUUCCCACGCCUGCGAAUCCACCCAAGCCCUCCUCCGGCGCAAAUUUUGUCGUCGACCGCAGUAACCCCCGCAAGAUCCGCGUCGCUUUACCGGAUAUCAAGCCCGAGAACCCUACCGCAGAUGGUGAAGACGAGCCAGCCCGGAAAAGGGUCAAAAUAGGCGGAGGCGGGGCAUUUUCAGGUUUCAAUGCCCUUUUACCACCUCCUAAGAGGGCCAACGUCACGGCGGAGAAGGAUAAGAAGACGGCUGCGCCAGCUCGGAAGGUCUUCAGCUUGAAGACCGGCGCGGCUCCUGGUUUUGACCGCGAGGCUGAUGAGGAGUUUCGGAGGGAACAGGCGUUCGAUAGCUUGGCGGGCGAUGGCGAUGAUGAGACGAUACCCAAGCCGGGAAGUCUUCGGAGUGAGCAGCUUGGCGAGAACGAUGCCGCGAAGGCUCAGGUAGACGGAGAGAGGAAAGAGGAGGUCAAAUUGAAAGGGAAUCCGAUGAUGUUCAAGCCACUGUCCGUGGGACGAGUGUCGCAGAAGAAAAAGAAGCAACCGACAAAACCUGUCUCCUCUCCUUUGCCAACCGCAAACGAGACAACAGCUUUGCAAUCCUCGCAAGCGUCCAAUGAGCAACCAGCACAGCCAGCCACGCCCGUCCCUCAGAAGCCAAAAAUCAGUCUGUUCUCCUUGUCCACAGAAGAAACUACGACUUCGAAGAUGCCCGAACCCCAAGCACAAGCCGCUACUUACGAGCCAUUGGUGUACACCACAGACCUAGAAACCACCCCGGCCGGCCCGGAACCGGAGCCUGAACCCGCGACGGCCCCCUCACAAUCACCGACGGAUCAAACAUUGGGUAACAUCGCAGACGAUCUCAACUUGUCCCGGGCCCAACGGCGACAGCUCUUUGGACGCAAUGCCGACCCGUCCAAGUCGCGAAUUCUGCACUUCAAUACAGACAAGGAAUACAUUGCCAACCAGGAGUUGGCCCACCAGACAGACCUUGCUGCUGCUCAGCACAAUCCUGUUCGGGCCAUUGCGCCAGGCAAACACACUCUGCAACAGCUGGUCAAUGCGGCCAGCACACAACGGGAGGCUUUGGAGGAGAGUUUUGCCGCUGGACGAAGGAACAAAAAGGAGGCCGGAUCGAAGUAUGGAUGGUGA